GGAGCCGGCCCCCGGGCAGGGAGAGCGGGAGGCAGGCGGGGAGGGAAGGAGGACGAAGGACGAGCAGGGGGGCGAGCGAUGCGGCGCGGCCGCGCUGGCUGAGGCGAGAAUCCCAGUAGCUAGGCAGCCUCCCUCUUUUCUUUCCUUCCUUCCUUCCACCCCUUCGCUAUGUAGGGAGAGGCAUCAAUGGAAAGGCUGAAAUACGCGUAGAUGGACUUUCAGAUGCAUUUUUUGUUGAAAGAGGAAGAUAAAUCCCGCUUGCCAGUGCACUGACUUUUGUUGCUGUUGCAUCGUAAAAAUGGGGUUCACUCACUCCAGCUGAACCCUCGGAGCGUUCCGGAGAGUUGCUGCAGUGAAGGACUUACCUUUAAUUCUUUGCAUCAGAGGAGCUGCAUUGAUGUUAACCAUUUUUCUGUAAAAUGGAGAACGAGAUCUUCACACCCCUUCUGGAGCAGUUCAUGUCGAGCCCUCUUGUCACCUGGGUGAAGACAUUCGGGCCGCUGGCUGGAGGGAGCGGGACCAACCUGGAGGAAUAUGUGGCGCUGGUGGAUGGAGUGUAUCUGAACGAAGUCAUGCUGCAAAUCAAUCCAAAGUCUGCUAAUCAGAGGAUAAACAAAAAAGUCAACAAUGAUGCAUCAUUAAGGAUUCAAAAUUUGUCUGUUUUGGUGAAACAAAUAAAAACUUACUAUCAGGAGACUUUGCAGCAGCUGAUCAUGAUGUCUUUGCCAAAUGUGCUAAUAAUUGGCAAAAAUCCUUUUUCUGAGCCAGGUACUGAAGAAAUAAAAAAGCUCCUCCUGCUUUUGCUUGGUUGUGCAGUUCAGUGUCAGAAAAAAGAAGAAUUUAUUGAAAGAAUCCAAAGUCUGGAUUUUGAUACCAGAGCAGCUGUUGCAGCCCAUAUUCAGGAGGUAACUCAUAAUCAGGAAAAUGUGUUUGACCUGCAGUGGAUGGAUGUGAUUGUACUGACACAAGAGUAUGUUGAGCCUCUCCUGAAAAAUAUGGCAUUGCAUUUAAAAAGACUUAUAGAUGAAAGAGAUGAGCACUCAGAGACCAUCAUCGAGCUGUCGGAGGAGCGGGACUGCCUGCGCUUCCUGCCGCACGGCGCGGCGCAGUCGCCCUGCGGCUCCCCCGGCAUGAAGCGCACCGAGAGCCGGCAGCACCUGAGCGUGGAGCUCGCUGACGCCAAGGCCAAGAUCAGGAGGCUCAGGCAGGAGCUUGAGGAAAAGACCGAGCAGCUGCUUGACUGCAAACAAGAACUGGAACAGAUGGAAGCUGAACUGAAGAGACUUCAGCAAGAGAACAUGAACCUGCUGUCGGAUGCCCGCUCUGCCAGGGUGUACAGGGACGAGCUGGACGCGCUGCGGGAGAAGGCGAUCCGCGUGGACAAACUGGAGAGCGAGGUCAGCCGCUACAAGGAGAGGCUCCACGACAUCGAGUUCUACAAAGCCAGGGUGGAGGAGUUGAAGGAAGACAAUCAAGUGCUGCUGGAAACCAAGACAAUGUUGGAAGAUCAGCUGGAGGGGACCCGAGCCCGCUCGGAUAAACUGCACGAGUUGGAAAAAGAGAAUUUACAGCUGAAAGCUAAAUUGCACGAUAUGGAGAUGGAGCGUGAUAUGGACAGAAAGAAAAUUGAGGAGCUCAUGGAGGAGAAUAUGACCCUAGAAAUGGCUCAGAAACAAAGUAUGGAUGAAUCUUUGCAUCUUGGCUGGGAGCUGGAGCAGAUCAACAGGACUACUGAACUUUCUGAAGUGCCCCAGAAAUCACUGGGCCACGAGGUGAAUGAGCUGACAUCCAGCAGGUUACUGAAGCUGGAAAUGGAAAACCAAAGUUUACUGAAGACAGUGGAGGAGCUGCAAGGUGCAGUGGGCUCUGUGGAAGGCAGCAGUUCCAGGAUUUUGAAAAUGGAAAAAGAAAACCAAAGACUUAGCAAGAAGCUUGAGGAGCUGGAGAAUGAAAUUAGCCAAGAGAAACAAAGUCUUCAGAACAGUCAAAAUCAGAGCAAAGAUUUGAUGAAAGAAAAAGCCCAGCUUGAAAAGACACUUGAAGCACUUCGGGAGAACUCCGAGCGACAAAUUAAACUCUUAGAACAAGAAAAUGAGCACUUGAAUCAAACUGUGGCUUCUCUAAGGCAGCGCUCACAAAUCAGCGCCGAGGCGAGGAUGAAAGAAAUUGAAAAGGAAAAUAAGAUCCUCCAUGAGUCUAUCAAAGAGACCAGCAGUAAGUUAAAUAAGGUUGAAUUUGAAAAAAAACAAGUCAGGAAAGAGCUGGAACACUACAAAGAGAAAGGGGAGAGGGCAGAAGAAUUAGAGAACGAGCUGCAUCGUCUGGAGAAGGAAAAUGAGUUAUUACAGAAGAAAAUCACCAACCUAAAAAUCACUUGUGAGAAGAUUGAGGCCUUAGAACAAGAGAACUCUGACCUGGAGACGGAGAACAGAAAGCUGAAAAAAACCUUGGACAGCCUGAAAAACCUCACUUUUCAAUUAGAAUCCUUAGAAAAGGAGAAUUCCCAACUGGACGAAGAAAAUUUAGAGUUGCGGAGGACAAUUGAAUCCUUGAAGUGUACAAGCAUUAAAGUGGCACAGUUACAACUGGAAAAUAAGGAGCUGGAGAGUGAAAAGGAACAGCUCAAAAAAAGCCUUGAGCUGAUGAAAGCCUCUUUUAAGAAGACUGAACGCUUGGAAGUCAGUUACCAAGGCCUGGACACAGAAAACCAAAGGCUACAGAAAGCCCUGGAAAACAGCAAUAAGAAGAUUCAGCAGUUAGAGAGCGAAUUACAAGAUUUAGAGACUGAAAACCAGACCCUGCAAAAGAACUUGGAAGAGUUAAAAAUCUCCAGUAAGCGCCUGGAGCAGUUGGAAAAGGAGAAUAAGUUGUUAGAACAAGAGACUUCUCAACUGGAAAAGGAUAAGAAACAGCUGGAAAAGGAAAACAAAAGGCUUCGACAGCAAGCAGAAAUUAAAGAUAGUACCUUAGAAGAAAAUAAUGUCAAAAUCAGUAAUCUGGAAAGGGAAAAUAAAUCUCUGUUUAAGGAAAUUGUUGUGUAUAAAGAGUCGUGUGUGCGCCUGAAAGAACUGGAAAAGGAAAACAAGGAGCUGGUGAAAAGAGCUACCAUUGAUAAGAAAACCCUGGUCACCCUGAGAGAGGACUUGGUGAAUGAGAAGUUGAAGACUCAGCAGAUGAACAAUGAUCUAGAAAAACUGGCCCACGAGCUGGAAAAAAUCGGCUUGAACAAGGAGCGUCUCCUGCACGAUGAGCAGAGCAGUGAUGACAGUAGGUACAAGCUUUUGGAGUCCAAAUUAGAAUCCACACUCAAGAAGUCUCUGGAAAUAAAAGAAGAAAAAAUUGCUGCUUUGGAGGCUCGUUUGGAGGAAUCCACAAAUCUGAACCAGCAGCUGCGCCAGGAACUGAAAACAGUGAAGAAGAACUAUGAAGCUCUCAAGCAAAGACAAGAAGAGGAAAGGAUGGUUCAGAAUUCUCCUCCAAGAAGUGGAGAAGAAAAUCAAUCUGUCAAUAAGUGGGAAAAAGAAAAUCAGGAGACAACGAGAGAAUUAUUGAAAGUGAAAGACAGAUUAAUCGAGGUGGAGAGGAAUAAUGCGACGCUGCAGGCGGAAAAGCAGGCGCUGAAAACGCAGCUCAAGCAGCUGGAGACCCAGAACAACAACCUGCAGGCUCAGAUCCUGGCCCUACAGAGACAGACUGUGUCCCUGCAAGAGCAGAACACAACUCUGCAAACUCAGAAUGCCAAGCUGCAGGUGGAGAACUCCACGCUGAACUCGCAGAGCACAUCCCUGAUGAACCAGAACGCGCAGCUGCUGAUCCAGCAGUCGGCCCUGGAGAGCGAGAGCGAGGCCGUGCUGAAGGAGCGCGAGGACCUCAAGGGGCUCUACGAGGCCCUGCUCAAGGACCACGAGCGCCUGGAGCAGCUGCACGAGCGCCAGGCCGCCGAGUACGAGUCCCUGAUCGCCAAGCACGGCAGCCUCAAGGCUGCUCACAAAAACCUCGAGGUGGAGCACAAGGACCUGGAGGAUAGGUACAAUCAGUUGCUGAAACAGAAAGUGCAGCUGGAAGAGCUGGAGAAGGUUCUCAAGACAGAGCAGGACAAAAUGCUGCAGCAAAGUGAGAAACAUGAGACUGUGGCAGCAGAAUAUAAAAAACUUCGGGAUGAAAAUGAAAGGCUCACUCACACGUACAGCCAGCUCCAGAGGGAGAAUGAAGUGCUCCAAACUGACCACAAGAACCUGAAAACAUUGUUGAACAAUUCCAAACUGGAGCAAACACGGUUGGAAGCAGAGUUUUCCAAACUCAAAGAGCAGUACCAGCAACUGGAUAUUACAUCAACAAAGCUAAAUAAUCAGUGUGAGCUGCUCAGCCAACUUAAAGGAAACCUGGAGGAGGAAAACAGACACCUGCUGGAUCAAAUCCAGACCUUAAUGCUGCAGAACAGAACAUUACUGGAGCAGAACAUGGAGAGCAAGGAUCUCUUCCACGUGGAGCAAAGGCAGUACAUUGACAAACUCAAUGAACUGAGGCGGCAGAAGGAGAAGCUGGAGGAGAAGAUCAUGGAUCAGUACAAAUUUUAUGAGCCAUCUCCACCAAGAAGGAGGGGUAACUGGAUCACACUGAAGAUGAGGAAGCUGAUCAAGUCCAAGAAGGACGGGAACCGCGAGCGCCUCAAGUCGGUGACGCUGACGCCCACGCGCUCCGAGUCCAGCGAGGGAUUCCUGCAGCUACCCCACCAGGACAGCCAGGACAGCUCCUCCGUGGGCUCCAACUCCCUGGAGGAUGGGCAGACCCUGGGCACCAAAAAGAGUAGCAUGGGUGCACUGAAAAGACUGCCCUUUUUGAGGAACAGACCGAAGGAAAAAGACAAAAUGAAGGCCUUCUACCGUCGCUCCAUGUCCAUGAAUGACCUGGUGCAGUCCAUGGUCCUGGCAGGAGGACAAUGGACAGGUAGUUCUGAGCAUCUGGAGGGUCCUGAUGAUAUAUCCACGGGUAAAAGGAGGAAGGAAUUGGGAGCUAUGGCCUUCUCUACUACAGCUAUCAACUUUGCCACUGUCAACUCCUCCACAGGCUUCAGAUCCAAGCAGUUGCUAAAUAAUAAAGAUACUACAUCCUUUGAAGAUGUAAGUCCACAAGGUAUUAGUGAUGAUUCUAGUACAGGAUCAAGAGUUCAUGGAGUACAGGACUUUGUCUGUGCAGAUGCUCUUGCUCCUCCUGUCCGUGGCAUUCCAGCCCUGUGCAGGGUUCCCUGUCAGAUCUGUUUGCCCUUUUCCAAAGUGUCCUCUUGGACCGCCUGGAAAUUCCUUCGCUUUCUGAUCUCUUCCAGACCAGCCAGCCUUGAUAGUGGCAGGACAUCCACUAGCAAUAGCAAUAACAAUGCUUCACUCCAUGAAGUCAAAGCAGGUGCAGUGAACAGCCAGAGCAGGCCCCAGAGCCACAGCAGCGGGGAGUUCAGCCUGCUCCACGAGCACGAGGCCUGGUCCAGCAGCAGCAGCAGCCCCAUCCAGUACCUGAAGGGCCACACCAGGUCCAGCCCUGUGCUCCAGCACAGGACACCUGAGAGCUGUGGCAAACACACCAAAACGGGCUCCCCUGGCAGUGAAGUGGUCACCCUGCAGCAGUUCCUGGAGGAGAGCAACAAGAGGAACUCCAGUGAGAUGAAGUCUGCGAGCGAAGAGAACCUUUUAGACGAGGUGAUGAGAAGCUUGUCCGAGUCUGCGGAGCUGGCAGGGAGGGAGAAGCUGCGGAAGCAGCCGGGGGCUGGCUGUGGCAUCGUCAGGUCCCUGAGCGUCAGGAACACGGUGGAUUUCGCAGAUGGACGAUCCCUAAAGCCAGAGCAGCUGGUCAGGCCCAGCCUCAGGAAGGCUGAGGAUCUCUGCUUCAGCAGCUCUCCCAUCAGAUUCACCCCCGGCGCCCCAGGCAAGGCGCGCUCCGUGAAGGAAAAGAUCCAAGCGACUGUGAGCCAGCGACAAUCCAGGGACUGCAACCCCUACGCCACCUUACCUCGUGCCAGCAGCGUCAUUUCCACGGCAGAAGGAAGCACCCGAAGGACAAGCAUCCAUGAUUUUUUGUCUAAGGACAGUAGGCCGCCCGUGUCCGUGGAUGCAGCGCCGGCCGACAGGAGUGCUCCGCCCAGCUCCAAUGUGGAAGCUAUCCCAGAAAGCAGAAAUUCAAAAAGCAGGUCUAGGGAGCAACAAAGCUCCUAAUUCUAUUACCCACUACCUGAGCUGUGGGCCAAGUGAGAGAAAAGUGUCCUUCAGUAUCUCAGUGUGAAGCCUUUAUAUCUGAAGUAACAAGACAGCGACUGUAGGAAUCAUUAAUAAAAAAAUUAAGGGAAUUUUUUACAUUCUUCGUGACUAGAGCAGGCAAGAGAUAAAAACCUACCUACCUACCUUCCUUCCUUCCUUGAAUCAAGGAGCUCUACUGGAGUCUACUGCCGAAAAUGUGUAGAUGGUCUUAGGAAUUAUUGCACAUUGCACUGUUAAGAUCUACUGAAUAAAGGACAGUUCUCAUCUCCCUAAGGACCAAGGAUUUUAAGGUCUCAAGAAUUACUCCAGGGGAAAAAAAAAUAAACAAAAAACAAAGCAAAACUUCUUUCAUCUUCUGUUUUUGAAAUUAGCCAUUGAUUUGCUUAAGCUUCUGCUAAUAAUUAGCCAAAAACCCCCCAAACUAGCAGUUUCUAUUUACGUCUGUAAAUCUAAAGGAAAUGCUGUAGAGUUUUGUUGGAAUGGACUGUACAUACAGAUACAAAAACCUCACAGCUACUGGCACUUCACUGCCUUAUUUGGUUAGCAUAAUCUGCAUGAAAUUGCUCUUAAGAAAGUUGAUGCUGAUUUUUGUUGCAUACUGCGAGAGAACAAUUUGUUUACAUCCAUGGAAAAGCUCGGUAACUAACAGAAGUGGGAGUCAUGGGAUAAUGGAAUUGUAGAGACAUUGUUUGUCCUUUGUGUUUUUCACAUUCCCAAGUUAUUCUGCAUAUGUAUGUUCAGAUGUUUCUGACAGGAAACUGUCUGGUUUUUCUACAACUUUUAUUUUAAUAUGAGGUUGUUUUCCACAAAUGCCAUUUCCAGGAUAAGACUGUCUUACGAUGUUUGUGUAUUGACUAAUUUU